GGCCUACACACGCGCGUGCUGGCCGCCGGCCGCGCCCACGCGCCCGACGCGCCCGACGACAAGGCGCAAGCUCUGCUCUUUACCAUCACCCGCGACCUUCUGCCCGGCGAUACCCCUGAUGCUACGGUUGUGGAGACGUCGGUGUCGGUGCGGGUGGCGAGCGUGUGGUACACGCAGUCGGGCGCGCUGCUGCGCGAGCUGCAGUCCUGCCUCACCGAGUUCAAGCAGUACCUGGCCAACCUGGCGCGCUCCAUCCGCGCGGCCGCCGCGGACAUGGCCAUCGGCCUCGUGCACCCCAGUCCUCGGGGCGAGUCUCUUUACGGUAAUCCGCGGCUGGCGCAGUCGACGGAGGCGUGGGGGAGGCACCGCACGGUCUCCGCGGGCGCCACGCCCCCCGCACACGCCCCGCCCCCCGCACACGCCCCGCCCCCCGCACACGCCCCGCCCUCGCUGGACGAGGCCGACGUGCGCACCGACAUACUGCUCACCGUCAACAUUGAGUUGGAGUCGCCGGUGGUGGUGGUGCCCCGCGCGGCGCACAGCACGCAGGUGUUCGUUGCGCACCUCGGCCGCAUGAGUCUCACAAACCGGCCCGGCGCGCCCAGGAACACGCGGUACAACGUGAGCGUGCGCGACAUCUCUCUCGCCUCGCUGGACGUGGGCGAGCGCCUGCGCCGGCAGCCGCUGUCGGCGGAGAACAUGGGCGCGGUGUACGACGUGUCCUGUGGCCGGCCCGUGCUGCACGACACCGCGCUGCAGCUGACCCUGGACCUGCACGAGCGCGACCACCUGCCGCACUGCGACGUGAGCGGCGCGAUAGUGGGCGCGCUGCAGGUGUCCGCCAGCCGCGAGCAGUACGAGCAGCUGUUGGACACUCUGCGCUGGGUCGCCGACUCCGCGUACCCCGACGUGCGCCCGCCCAGCCCCGCCCCCGCCCCCGCACCCGCUGCCCCCGCUGCACCGCACAACGACGCACAUCCACUAAUGACCAAUGACAAGGAGAACGCGGCGUCGGCGCAGGGUGAUGCUCUGGCGGAGGGCGCGGUGCCGGCCCUGGUGGAGCCGGCGGUGCCCACGCUGCGGCUGGACCCACAGCUGCGCGCUGCCGUGCUGGCCGUGCCGCCCCCCCAGCGCGCGCCCGAGCUGCACGCGCCGCGCCCCCGCUCGCACGCCCCGCUCACCGUGUCGUUCGAGGUGUCGGAGCUGGCGGUGGAGCUGCGCGCGGACCUGGGCGACGGCGAGCGCAGCCUGGUGGCGCUCAUCUUCCGCGAGUUCGCCCUCACCUACCAUCACCUGCGCCCGCACGAGACCGACUUGCAGGUGUCGCUGCACUCGGUGACGAUGGAGGAUCUGACCAAGGAGCCGGAGUCGCGGCACCGAGUGCUGCUGGCCUCGCACUCGCCGCCCGCGCCCCGCAAGUCCCUCUUCCUGUCCAAGUCGUGCCCGGAGCUGCGCGCGCCCGCAGCCCCGCCGCACCUCGCGCCGCUGCACUACAUGAAGCACCUCACGACCUCCCUGCCCGCAACUAUCAAUAAAUCAGGCGUCACGAAUACAGAGCGCGGUCGAGACAAACCGGGCAGGUCGGAGAGCAAGUGCGGCGCGACUCCGCCGUGCUCGCCCGAGCCGCUCGAGCCCCUCGAGCCGCCCGAGCGGGCGGACUCCUGCGACACCUUCCAGAUGUCCGGCGAGGAGGAGGCGGACCGGCCCGCCGGCGACGACAACCUGGUGUGGCUGUCCGUGCACACGCGCGACCCCCAACACCCUAACUUUUAUGACAGAUUUGAUCAGGUAUCGAAGCAAACUAAGGUGGAGUUUAACUGCCUAAAGCUGGUGCUGAGCAUAGACAGCUGGGUGGCCGUGCUGGACUUCUUCGGCGUGGCCGGAGACGAGCCGGCCUCGGAGCCCACAGCCGAGCCCUCUCGCCCAGCCGGCGAUGGAGUCGCGAGCAACGGUGAUAGCGCGGCGCUGACGGAGACCGAGGUGUUGGUGCGCUCGCUGUCCGUGGUGGUGGUGGGCGGGCGCGGAGACGCGUGCCGCGCGCUCGUGUCGCGCGCGCACGUGCGUACGCGCAGCGGGCGUGGGGCGCGCCGCGUGCACGCCACGCUGGACGCGCUCUCGCUCGUCGACCUGGCGCCGCGCGCCGCGCCCUACGCGCACAGGCUGCGCACGCGCGCCCGACACGCGCUCGCUCUCGACUACAGAAGGCUGAGCGCGGCGGAGGCGGCGGCGGCGGGGCACGAGACGAGCCUGAGCGUGCGCAUGGGCCCGCUGACGUACGUGCACACGAAGCGCUUCGUGCUCGAGCUGCAGGCGUUCGCGCGCGACUUCAGCCUGCUGCGCCGUGUCAUCGCGCAGGCGCGCAAGAAGGUGUCAUCUGCGGUGGCGUCGACGCGCACGGACCGCAUGCGGCUGCGGCUGAGGUGCGCGGCGCCGCUUAUCGUGCUGCCGGUGUCGGGGCGGAGUCGCGCCGCGCUGGCCGCGCAGCUUCACCUGCUGCACCUCGACAACUGCUUCCGCCGCGCCGGCGACCCCGACACUAUCAGCACGCUAGCCGACCCCGCCGCACGCGAGCGCGAGGUGCUGGACGUGCGCGAGGUGCGGCUGGAGGGCGUGACGCUGCGCUGCUGGGGGGCGGGGCGGGCGGGCGCGCCGCUGCUGCCCGCCCCCGCCACCUUCGCGCUGCGCAUAGAGCACAACCUCAGCGACACACACAAUGUGCCCGAUACGAGCGUGCAGGGUACGCUGACCACGCUCGAGCUGGCGCUGGACGCGGCGCAGUACCGGCUAGUACGGGGGGUGCUCACCCACAACCUGGGCGAGCCCUGCCUAGACCUCCUACCACCCACCACGCCCACAACUGCUGCCACACCCCCACAGUCCGCUACUAAAACUUCGAAUGCUACACAGCAGGUGUGGACGACGUGGUCGCUGAAGCUGGACCUGCAGGAUGUGCGCGUGCGGCUGGCGGCGGCGGCCGGCCCGCUCGCCUGCGUCAACUUCAUCAAGUCGCGCCUGCUGCUCGAGACAUACUCCGACCUAGGCCAGGACGUGGACCUAGUUUCGCAGGAGAUCCUGGUGAGCGACGUGCGGUACGCCGACGAGCCCGCCAACCGGCGCGGCAAUGUGUUCAGCCACAUCGUGCAGCCUCUGCCCGACCACCGCCACAGCGUGCAGGCCGAGGUGCACGCCAGGAAGCGUCAAGAUUCUUCGGCCUAUACGAUUCUCAUCAACAACAUGCGUCUGAUGGCCAUCCUGGACUGGUGGGAGGCGGCCAACCAAUUCAUCAUGCAGCCACCGCUGCCGCCCACAGACCCCGACCUCGUGCAUCUCGAGGAGGCGUGCCGCAUGUGUUUGGGCGGGGCCGGGGGCGGGGCGCAGGGCGGGGCGGAGGCGGAGGAGGCGGGGCCGGUGGAGCUGAAGCUCAACGUGACGGACUCGCAGCUCGUGCUGGUGGAGGACGCCUCUGUCUGGGACACCAAUGCAGUUAUACUGAAAAGCACGACGGUGCUGCGGUACUCGUGGGGCGCAGCGCGGCCGGUGUCGUGCGAGCUGAGCGGACUGGAGGUGUUCUCGUGCGUGCUGGGCCUGGAGGACGAGACGGCGCUCGCCAUCGUCGAGCCCGCCAACCUGCACGCCUACCUCGACUCCGACCGCCUCCUACACGUGUCGAUGGGCACGCUGAACCUGCGGCUGUCGUACCACGACAUGCGCAUGUUCGCCGCCAUGCUGCAGUCGCUGCCGGUGCAGGCGCGCGCCGCUCUCUCCGGCAAGUCGGAUGCGACCGAGCCGGCGGGGGAGCGCGACGCGCCCGCCAACAGCGAGCACAUGCUCGCAGCGGACGGGUGCGCCGCCCCGCGGCUGCUGGCGGCGCGCUGGGCGCGGCCUGCGCGGGGCCCGCCCCCCGCACCGCCCGACCCUCCGCCCUCACAGCCCUCCGCCGUCUGGCCACUCGCCGCGGUUAAGGUGAGCGCCGAGUGUGCCACGCUGUGCGUCAUCGACGACUGCCUGGACUCCGACGUGCCGCUGCUGGAGGUCUCGCUGUCGGAUCUGCAUCUCGACCAGGACCUGCGUCAGGUGGAGGAGACGUUCCCGGACCCCGUGCUGGUGUCGACGCCGGCGGGGGAGGCGGGCGCGGUACCGCUGGGGGGCGGGGCGGGGGCGGGGGCGGGCCAGCUGCGCGCGCAGCUCGCCAUCGACUACUACAACCGCACGCUGUCCGCCUGGGAGCCAGCACUGGAACCUUGGAGGUUUGAGACAAAGUGGGAGUACACGCUGUCGUCGGCGCUGUCGCUGCGGCGGCUGCAGACGGAGGUGAGCAGCGCGGACACGCUGGACGUCAACGUGACGGCCGCGCUGCUGGACCUCGUGCGUCUCGUGCGCGGCAACUGGACCGCAGACUACUACGCGCUGCCCGCCGCGCACCCCGCGCACCCCGCACGCCCCGCGCACCCCGCGCACCCCGCGCACCCCGCGCCCGCCAACAGCGCACAAGUGAGCGGCAACAGCGCGGAGACGUCACCGAAGGGCAGCCCGGCGGGGCACCGACGGCGCGCGCCCUUCGUGCCAUACGCGCUGCGCAACCACACCGGACACCGCCUCUGGUUCACCACGCUGCUCACCACCGCCGAACAAUUGUUAGAAUCGGAGGCGGAGAAUGGGGGCGGGGCCGGGGGCGUGUCCGCGCCCGACGACUCGUGGGUGUCGGUGUCCGCGGGCGAUACGGAGCCCUUCUCAUUCGGGCUGCGCCGCGGCCGCGCGCGCUCUGCGCUGCACCGGCUGGCGCUGCGCCUGCCCGCCUGGAGCCCGCCGGAUCCCGUGCGGGUCGACCAAGUGGGCGUAUUCUUCCGCACCAUCACACACCAAAAGAGUUUUGCGGAGGCGCGGCUGGUGCUGGAGGUGACGCUGGAGGGGUCGGCGCGCAAGCUGGUGACGGUGCGGUCGGCGCUGCAGCUCGUCAACCAGCUGCCGCACGCCGUGGAGGUGCGCGUCGACGCCGCGCCCGCCGCUGCCUCCUCGCACACGCCCUCGCACGAGUGCACGGUAGCGCUGGGCGCUUUCGCGUGCGUGGGCGUGGGCGUGGGCGUGGGCGUGGGCGGGUGUGGGGGCGGGGCUGGAGGCGGGGCGGCGCGGCGGCGGCUGCGCGAGGCGUGCGCGGUGCUGCACUGGCGCGGUGUAGUGCGCGCGCUGCCCGCAUGCCGCGCGCUCGCCGCCGACACGCCGCAAGCCCACCGCGCGCUCGCCGCGCACUGCGGGCCGUGGGGCGUGGCGCGCGCGGGCGAGGGCGUGUCGGCGCGCGCGGUGCAGGUGUCCGCCGGCGCGCGCUGGGCGGCGCCGCUGAGCGCGCACGCGGCGGCGCUGAGCGUGCGCCCGCUGCCGCCGCGCGCGCCGCAUGCGCCCGCGCUGCCGCCCGCACGCCUCCACUGGCGCGAAGUGCGCUCAGAGCGCGACCUGCUGCACCACGAGUGUCGCGCGCCGCCAUCGCACGUCUACAGACCUUUAGCCACGAUUCAAGAUGGCCGCCAUCACCACCAUUGUUUAUCGUGGCACAGGUUCUGCUGCGUGACAGUGCGGGAGCGGUUCCCGGCGGGGCGGGCGGUGGCGGGGCACACGCUGACGCUGGUGCCGGCGCUGCGUCUGGAGAACCUGCUGCCGCUCGAGCUGCAGUACCGCGCCGGCGACGUCACCGGCACGCUGCCGCCCGCCCACACCAGACCCUUCCACGAGGUGAACGUGGAGGAGGGCGUCGAGGUGAGCGUGAAGCUGGAGGGGUUCGGAUGGUCGUCGGCGCUGAGCGUGGGCGGUGCGGGCUCGGGCGCGGCGGCCGGGGGCGCCUCCUUCGGCGCGCGUCUCAAGCUGCGCGACCUGCGCGGCCGCAGACUGUACCUCAACGCCCGGGUCGGGGUCAAGAAGACGGACGGCAUUAAGGUGUCCAUCUCCGCGGCGUACUGGCUGGUGAACCGCACGGGGCUGCCGCUGGUGUUCCGGGCGGAGGGGGGCGCCAGCGAGGCGGCCGGACAGUUCGCCGAGCACGAGCUGGCGCGCAUGGUGGCGCCGCUGCUCUUCUCCUUCGCGGACUCGGACGGCGGACCCACCAUCGCCGCGCGUCUCGGCACCGGCAUCACCCCCAACCCUGAGGUCGAUUCGUAA